AUGGCCCCCGAUAUCGAGACCGAGUGUGCAAACCCCCAGCUGUUGGCCUGGGUCAAGGAGUGGCUCGACCUUGCCAGGGAACGCAACUCCAAGGGAAUCACCACCUACAAGAACGCCUACGAGUCCCUCAGGGCCUGUCCCUUGGUGUUCCAACAUCCCGCCCAGCUCCAGCAGCUCAAGGGCUUCGGCCCCAAGCUGUGCGAGCGUCUGACGGAAAACCUCAAGAGACACUGCCAGCAAAAUGGCAUUCCCAUGCCGGAGCAUCCUCAAGCGUCCAGGGCCGCCGUAGACUCCCAGGACGGGGCCCUCAAGAAGAGGAAGAAGACGCAGCCCAAGCCAUAUGUCCCAACUUUUCGCUCGGGCGCCUAUGCCCUCAUCCUCGGACUCUCCACCCUGCCCGAGGAUGCGUCCAGGGGUAUGGCCAAGACAGACCUGAUCCAAGUUUCGCAGCCACACUGCGACUCGUCCCUGACCGUGCCCAGCGACCCCACAAAGUUCUACACCGCCUGGAGCUCCAUGAAAACACUCAUCCAAAAGGAGCUCGUCUAUGAGAGCGGCAGGCCAUUGCGCCGAUACGCCCUCUCUGACGAGGGAUGGGACGUGGCCAAACGAAUCAAGGAGACGCGCCAGUGGCAUUUGGAAAACGAGGAUAACGGAGCUGGCUACCACAAACCGCCGGGGAUCCCAAACGAGCCUGGACCUGCCCCGACCCUCCCGCGUUGCUCCCUUUCCCCUGAGCCUCAAGAACCGCAGAGACGCGUCUCGCCUUGCCGCAAUGUCGUCGCAGAAGGCCCGGUUGUCUCGGGGCAUGACUCUUUGCCUGAUUUCAGCCCCAUAAGGCUACCUCCUGGGUCAUUUUCGGUCCAUCUUGUGCUCGACGUCCGUGAAGUCAGAGCCAAGACAGAUCGCGACUACAUGCAGGAGGAGCUUGCCAAACAGGACGUGAAGCCCAUUAUGAGGAGUCUCGAAGUCGGGGAUGUCCAAUGGAUUGCCAAGUGUCACGAUCCAGACCUCUUGUCGAAGCACGGAGCUGAGGGGGACGAGGUUGCCCUCGAUUGGAUCGUGGAAAGAAAACGGCUUGAUGACUUGAUCGGUAGCAUCAAGGACGGGAGGUUCCACGAACAAAAGUUUCGCCUCAACCGCUCCGGGGCUAGAAAGGUGGUUUACAUCAUUGAAGAAAUCUCAAUGGACCCGGCCUCGCAUCAGAGAUACGAAGAGGCGGUUCAAUCUGCCAUUGCUUCAACGCAAGUCGUCAAUGGCUAUUUUGUCAAGAGGACGGCCAAGAUGGAUGAAACCAUCAAGUACCUGGCCAGAUUGACUCGGAUGUUGAAGCGCGACUACGAGAGCCGUACUCUCAACGUCAUCCCGACCAAUGUCCUCACCGCCCAAAACUAUCUGCCGCUCAUCAACCACGUACGCGAAAGGGACACUUCCGCGGGAUACUACAUUAGCUAUUCCGCCUUUGCGUCGCUGGCGUCCAAGUCGGAGAUGAUGACGCUGCGCGACGUCUUCCUCAAGAUGCUCAUGACGACAAGGGGGGUCACGGGGGAGCGGGCGCUGGAGAUACAGAAACGGUGGAAGACGCCCUACGAAUUUGUCAAGGCAUUCGAAGCCUGCGGACCUGGAGAACCCGGCAGAAAGCGCAAGCGAGAGCUGGUGACCGGCGAGUUGAACUACCUGGUCGGGAGAAAGAAGAUCAACAAGGUCCUCAGCCAGAGGAUUGCGGAAGUCUGGGGGGACGUCUGA